AUGUCGUCACCGCAGACUCUCCCCAUUGCAGGUGAUUUGAAUGCAACAUGGAACUUUAUCGAGCCAGGGCUUGAGUUCAUUCUUGGUGCACAAGGCGACCAGGGUGUGACAUCGAGAAUGUACAUGAACUGCUACACCGCUGUGUAUAACUACUGCGCUAACAAGUCACGCAAUCUGAAUGUUUCUGUUUUCAGCAAAUCAGGCAAGGAUAAGACCACAUACUCGUUGACAGGUGCUGAGAUCUACAAUCGGCUACAAACGUACCUCAUUAACUUCAUACAGAGCUUAGAGAAAGAACCACAUGAACUGUUCUUGGAGUUUUACGUAAGAAAAUGGAAGCGGUUUACUAUUGGAGCUGGAUAUAUGAAUAAUGUCUUCGACUACAUGAACAGGUACUGGGUGCAGAAGGAGCGCUCAGAUGGAAGAAGAGAUAUCUUUGAUGUUAAUACAUUGGCAUUACUUCAGUGGAAGUAUCAUAUGUUCAACAAUAACGCCGACAGAAUCAUGAAUGAGGUUCUUGAUUUGAUCGAGAGGCAAAGAAAUAACGAAAUUGUUGACACAAACGUCAUCUCCGUGGCCGUGAGGUCCAUGGUUGACUUAGGCAUAGACACCAAUGACUUGAAGAAGACUAAUAUGUUGGUGUAUACAAAGCAUUUUGAGAUGGACUUUAUGUCCAGAACAGCUGAAUACUAUAGAAGAGAGAGUGAAAACUUUCUUUCUCUGCACAAUGUUGUCGAUUACAUGAUGAAAUGCGAAAGCAGAUUAUCUGAAGAGAUCUCUAGAUCUAAUAAUUAUCUUGAGGAGCGAAGCAAGAGACAUUUGCUCGAGGUUUUGCAUGUGGUAUUGAUCAGAGACCACGCUACUGAGAUGUAUGAUCAGUUUCUCAAGUUGCUUGAACAGAACGAAAUCGAUCAUAUUCUGAGGAUGUACAAGUUGCUUUCCAAGGUGCCCAGUACGUUGCAGCCAUUGGCCGAUAGUUUGGAGAGCCACAUAAAGGUGGAAGCAGCAAAAGCUAUUGAGGAGCUCAAGUCAUCAACAGAAUCUGCAAAUGCUCAGCAACAGGAGGAAAAAUCCAAAAAAUCUUCACAGGGUCUCAUUUCCCCUAAGGUCUACAUACACACAUUGAUUCAAGUGUACAUGAAAUUUAACGAUGUUGUUUUCAAUGCUUUUAAGAAGGAUCCCCUCUUUAUUAAAGCACUUGAUUCCGCGUGUCGACACUUUGUGAACAUCAACGUCAUUGCCACUCCAACUCCUAAAAGUGCCAGUAAAACCCCUGAGUUGUUGGCGAAGUAUGCCGACAGCUUUUUGAAGGCCACAUCCAAGGAGGCAGAUAUUGCGAACAUGACGGCGGACAACAUGGCGCUUAUGUUAAAGUACAUUGAUAACAAGGAUGUGUUUGAGAAUAACUACCGCCGUUUACUUGCGAAGCGUCUAAUAAAUGGUAAUACAAAGUCAGAUGAGCUCGAGGAGGGUAUGUUGCAAAGACUACAGGAAGGAAAUUCCAUGGAGUUUACAUCGAAGAUCAGUAAGAUGUUUCAAGACAUGAAAUCCCUGGAGGAUUUGAAGAUGAACAUAAGAGAGAUUCUUGGAGACGGCGCUGUUGUGAAUGAUUUCACGCCAUUGAUAUUGGCGCAGAGCAUGUGGCCAUUUCAUCACAUUGAAGACUACAAACUCAAAGUUGCACCUGAGUUGCAAGACACCAUCAGGGCCGUCGAGGAAGAAUACACAAGCAAACAUAAUGGAAGAGAGUUACAGUGGCUCUGGAAUCAUGGUAAGAGUGAGAUUAAGGCAAACUUAUCAAGAAAGGGAAAGCCUCCAUUCAUUUUCACAGUUACAAACGUGCAAUUGAUGAUUAUAUUAGCAUUCAACAAGAAGACCACCUACUCAUACGCAGAACUCCAUGAUAUUGUUGGUGUAUCCAAGCAUGUUUUUGAUGCACACUUGACCCCGCUCGUCAAGUUCAAGUUACUUGAUCAGCUGCCACCCACGCCACUGGCAUUCAGUUCACCUGAGACAACCUUCACCAUCGUCAACGAGUACAAAUCAAAGAAGUUGAAGGUAAAUUUUGUCAGCACCAUUAAGAGCGAGCAGAAACAAGAGGAUGAAGAUACAAAUAAGGAGAUCGACGAGUCUAGAAAGAACUACCUUACAGCCAGUAUCGUCAGAAUAAUGAAGGCUAGAAAGACCAUGAAGCACAAUGAGUUGGUAAACGAGGUAUUGCUCCAAGCUCAAUCACGUUUCAAGGCUAAGCUCAUUGAUCUCAAAAGAGCAAUUGAGUAUUUGUUGGAGAAGGAAUACAUAGCACGUUGCGAAGGUGAUUCCUACGAGUACCUCGCUUAG